AUGCUGAUAGUGCCUAAAAUUACUGAAUUAACCCCUGCUAAACCGCUUGAUGUUUCUAAAAUUAAUUUUCCUCACAAUUUGACUUAUGCAAAUCCUAACUUUUUUAAGCCUCAACGUGCUCAAAUCUUGCUUGGCGGAGAUAUUUUUUACGAACUGUUACGAACCGAGGAAAUAAAAUUGGAAAAUAGUUUAGUCAUUUUACAGAACUCUGUACUCGGCUGGAUUGUAACGGGAAGAUUGGGCACUAAGGAUAAUUGUAAGGAAUACAAAUGUCACUUAUUAUCACAAGAUCACACUUUAACUGAUUUGCAAAAAUUUUGGGACCUUGAGUCUCUAGGAAUAAAGGAUGAACCCAAAUGCUUAGAGGGGGAUGAAGCACUAUCCAAAUUUAAUGAAACAAUUAGUUAUAAAAAUAAAAGAUAUGAAAUCACUCUUCCUUGGAAAAGAGAUUGGAGGGAAUUGAACGAUAAUCUUACCGUCGCAACUAAGCGAUUUAAAGGUCUUUUAAAUCGUAUGACUCGGAAUUUUGUGAACCAGUUUCAUCUAGGA